AUACGUGUUUUUCACCUGUGGCCCCCUUGAAAUAUCCUAGGGGCCCCAAGAGGCCUUAUGGCCCCAGGUUGAGAAACACUGCUCUAGUGGACCUCGCACUGAGCCGGGGGUUGGACUAGAUGACCUCUAAGGUCCCCUCCAACGCUAGGAUCCUGUGAUUUGCUCCCCAAUCACUCCAACCAGUUUAUUGAGCCUGGUGCAUCCCAUUAACCUGACUCCUGACUUCCUGGCCUUUUGCUGCAAGCCGAGGUCUUCCAUCUUUUUUUCCUUCCAGAAGAUGUGGGAAGGACGGCGUGUGGAGGAGCUGACGACUCCGGCCUUCACGGUGGACCUCGACGUGGCGAAGAGGAACGCACAGCGCAUGCGGGAGCGUUGCCGAGCCCUGGGGGUGGCCCUGAGGCCCCAUAUGAAGACCCACAAGACACUGGAAGGCGGGCGCCUCAUGACGGGGGGCACCCUGCGGAGGAUUGUGGUCUCGACGCUGGCCGAGGCCCGCUUCUUUGCCGACGGCGGCUUCGACGACAUUCUGUACGCGUACCCGCUGCCCUUUGACAAGGUGGACGAGUGCGCUGCCUUGGCAGAAAAGCUGGAGAUGUUUCAGGUGAUGGUGGACAGCCCCCAGGCCCUGGGCCGGCUGAAAGAGCGGCCCCUGCGAACGGGGAGGCCCUGGAGAGUGUGGCUGAAGAUCGAUUGUGAAAAUGGACGAGCUGGCCUGAACCCCUCCGACCCUGCAGCCCUCCAGCUGGCCAAGGCGAUUGCAGAGGGCGUGACGGAGCUGGCGGGCAUCUAUGCCCACUGCGGCAACUCAUACGGCUGCCACGGGGUGUCUGAAAUCCAGUCCGUUGCCCGGGCCACCACUGAGAUGACCCUGAAGUUCAUGGAAAAGCUGCAGGGAGCUGGGGUGCCCUGCUCGGUGUCUGGCAUCGGCUCCACGCCCUCUUGCAGCCACCCGGUGCCCGAGAUGGGCAGUCUCGGCGAACUCCAUCCAGGGAACUACAUCUUUUAUGAUGUCCAGCAGAUGGGGAUCGGAUCCUGCCAGCUGGAGGACGUGGCCGUCCGGGUCUUGACGCGGGUGAUCGGCCACUACCCGCACCGCAACCAGUUGCUGGUGGACUGCGGGUGGACCGGCCUGAGUCUCCACAGCCUGGGCCAGCUCCCAACGGGCUACGCCCUGGUGGACGGGCAUCCGGACCUCAAAUUGGUGGGGAUGACCCAGGAGCAUGGGAAAAUCGAACCCAUCGCCGGGCAGCUGGACUUUCCCAAGUUCCCUCUGGGCAGCCUGCUGGCUCUGGUCCCAUAUCACCGGAGGCCGCGUGGUGGAGACGUGGAAGCCGGUCCGAGGCUGGUAAAAAGACAACGUAAAGAAGGUCUGCGGAAGAACAGCUUGAUCUUUUCUCUCAGAAAAACUAGAUGUUCUCUUGAUGCUCAGUGGAUGCCCACAACUGUUUGGCACCCCAGAGCUUUCAGACUCUUGCAGAUGGCACAGGAAUCUGCGUAGCAGGCUGAGGUUGGCAAGGACUGAAUUGGGCACAUGCUUAGCUGCACAAUGCAUGUAAAAUUCACUCUGUUGCUACUCCGUGUCGGGCUGGGAGACCAUGAACGGUUGCUUAUAAAGACUUGGCAGCCCUAAGUCUGUACAGGUAGUCCUUGACUUAUGUCCACAACUGGGACCAGAACUUCCAUCGCUAAGCAAGGCAGUUGUUAAGUGAAUGACAUUGUCAUUAAGCAAAUCCAGCUUUCGCCAUUGACUGCUUGUCAGAAGUCAGCUGGGAAGGUCACAAAUGGCGAUCAUGUGACCCUGGGACACUGCACAUAGGUCACUAAACGAAUGGUCGUAUGUUGAGGACUAUCUGUAAAAAAAACAUUGUUUGUGAAAAGAGAGAUCCAUCUGCCAGUAUUGAUUGCAUCAUGUUCUCUAUUUAAAUGUGUGCAAAGUCAUAGAGGAAGGAUCAGAUGGAGGGUUAGGGUUAGGGGACUCCGCAAUGCGAGAUGCAUGCCGGCCAGACGGGCCUCUGCCUGAUCCAGCAUGGUCUCAAACUCAGUUUGAACCUUUUGCAUUUUCCCAAACCAUCUAGCCGGCAUUGGUUUUGCACGGUGGACUACCAGAUGCAUUGAGAAACCCCACAAAUUGGAAACUAAGGCAGCCCUCCCCAGGGGACGGUGAAGAACUGCAAGGGGGGGGUCCCAAAAGGGGCGGAGCUUCAGGCAUGAUGCCACACCUGCCCUCUUGCAGAUUUGUCACCCCCCCAGAGGACACCCCCCCCUUUCAUUGUUGCUCCCGUGCAGGGCCGCAACUGGGGGGGCAAGCGGGGCGUGUGCCCCAGGCGCCGCGCUGGGGGGGGCGCCAAAAUGAGCGCAGAAUCCAUAUUUGCCCCGGGUGACACAGACCCUAGCUGUGGGCCUUCCCCUGUGCCCCCAGUAUUCCUUUCCCCAUACUCAAGGCUGUCCCUAUGCAUUAAGGCCAGGAGCUCGGAGGAGAGACGUGGCCUCUCGGGAAUUGGCCUAGUCCCCGUUCGAAGCCACUGAGACUAGCAGCCAGCCCGGCACCUUGUGGCAGCAGGUUCCGCAGGAUAAGUACCCACAUGGUACAGAAAGAGCCCCCCGCAUCAGCUGGAACUCUACCAAUUUCACCGUCUUCUACCAAUUGGGUGGUUAGGGUUCUGAUGUUACAGGAGAAGGAGAAAAUCUUUUCCCUAGCCAGGGAGGUCAGAAAAGUCAAGAUGGUGGCCAUCACCAUGCAGCUAAACCCCAGCCCCCUUUUUACAGUAUGUGCCUCUUGACUUUUUUGACCUCCUCCCUCUGGAUCCCCCACUAUUCACCCUUUCUUUCCACCCAUGGUUUCAUGAACCUCACUCGCAUCUCUCCAUGAGCAUCGUUGUCCUUGGGGGCAUUUGAGCCCACUGGUCAUCUUGAUGGCACUUUUUUAAAGUUCUCCAGCUCGACAAUGCCCCACUUGAGAGGUGCUGGCCAAACCAGGCGCAGAAUUCAAGAUGCCUUGCAACGGAUUACUACCUGGGCCCCUGGCUGAAGGGUAUUCAAUCUGAUUGAAGCAAAUACUGCUGAUUUUUUUUUAAUAGUAGCAGGUUUCUGGUUGCCAAUUUCUGGAAAAUAAAACCUGCUGGCAUACAAUUUCAAAGGGGAGUGUGCAAAGAAUGUUUCGCGCUAUACAGGUAGUCCUCGCUUAACAACCAUUCAUUUAGUGAUGGUUCGGACUUACAGUGGUUCUGGAAAAAAAACUAUGUAUGACUGGUCCUCAUGCUUACAAGCAGUUUGCAUUUAUGACUGUCGCAGAGUCCCAUGGUCACAUGAUCACCAUUUUCGACCUUGCCAGCCGGCUUCUGCGGAGCACAAUCAAUGGGAAAUCGCAUGAUUUGCUUAGUGACCAUGUGGUUUGCUUAAUGUCGUGGUGAUUCCCUUAACAACUGCUGCAAAAAAGGUCAUAAAGUCAGGUUGGAUUUACUUAAUGACCGCUUCGCUUAGCAACCAAAAUUCAGGUCCCAGUUGUGGUAAUUAAGCAAAGACUAUUUUUAUUUGAACUGCUUUGUUCUUUAAUUGUGCUUUACCUCACUCUUGCAUUUUCAUUCUGUUUAAAGAAAAUCUCAUGAAUAAAGCUGGGGUGUGAUUUUCUCUGCUAUCAGUGGGCAAAAUCCCUUUCAAAUAACAACUGUGCAGUGGCUCAGAAAAAAACUCUCUUUUUAUGGUC